UCGCAGUUACCAAGUGAGGAGAUCAGAGCCAUUGGAGAAAUUGAAGCAGAUAGCCGAAGUAAGUAAGGAGUUGACUAAUGUCAAAACUUCUAUUCAAGCGUUUGAGCACUCUUCUGAUCUACAAAAUGAUGAGAAGCAGAGGAUCGCACUUGGAGAGAAUAUAAUGAGGCUCUUGCUGAAGUUGGAAACUAUUCAGGUAUGUGUUACUGAUGCUGUUUACUUAAUAUCAAAUCAGCAAUUUCUUUUCAAUAUACCUUGAUUUGGUAAUAAAAUGUUGCAUAAAAAGUAUGUAUUUGUUUCGUUAUUUUUUUGUUUCAGUCACCACUUGAUCCGGCAUUGAACGUGGCAGCAGAACCUAAUGUGGCACCAAAUGAAGCACCACUUGAUGAGGAUAUUGCAGCAUCUGAAUUCAACAUGGAUGGUGGAACAGAAAUUUUAAAGCAUGAACCAGAUCAUGAAGAGGCGGAAGUAGAACCUAUUAUGGAGCUUCCAAAUGGAUUGCUUGAUGAAGAAGAAACAAUAGAGUCCAAAUCUGUGAAGCGUGAUAAAGAUAUGGAACGUAUGAUGGAGCUUCCGGUGGGGUUUCUUGAUCAAGAAGGAACAAUAGAAUCCGAACUUGUGAAGCAUGUUAAGGCUGAAACAGUUCCACCCGCUGUAGAAGAGGAAUGUAGUGUUGCUGCAAAAGACACUCAACCAGAGCCCAAACAGCAGAUGGAAGAGCAGGAAGAGGUUCAAUCUUCUGAGGAAUCAUCAGGCUGGGUGAAGGUUGAGAUCUCGAAAGAAGAGGAACUCAAAAACAGAACGCAUUGAUCUGGCAAAUGCCUCAUCAAUUGUAAUAGCUGCUUGAGAGAAUAAUUGGGAUAACAAUAUACAAAACAGUGGCAGCCAUAG